AUGGCAGGGACGAUGAGGAAAAGCGAAGCGAGCACUAGCAGGAGCAGUGGCAGCGGUAAUAAUAAUAAUAAUCGAGGAGAAUCCGUCGUUGCUGACUGUGGCCGCCGUAAAAGUUCCUGUGGUUAUUGCAAAUCCACUGGUCGCACUACCGUCUCUCACGGUUUGUGGGCACACAGCAUAACGGUUGAUGACUACCAAGACCUUCUUGACAGAGGAUGGAGAAGAUCUGGUUCUUUCCUUUACAAACCUGAUAUGGAAAAAACCUGUUGCCCAUCUUAUACUAUCCGUCUGAGGGCAAGUGAUUUUGUUCCAUCGAAAGAGCAACAACGAGUGUCUAAAAGAAUGCAGAGGUUCGUAGAUGGUGCAUUGGAUGCGAAAAAAUCAGGGGAAGCUUUCAAGGACCCUGGUAUUUCUGCCAGUGCCUGUAAUGAAGUUUCAAGCUCAGGAACAAUGGAAUCCUUGUCUGUUAAAAACAAGGAGAAAAAUGUGGGAGAUCACAUUACUUAUUAUUUGUCAGAACAAGUUGACAAUGUGAUUCGGACAUGCAGUGAAAGUGGGCAAUUUCCUUGCAGUGUUCGAUUACCAAAAGCUUCUGUAAAAAAGGUCUCACAAGCCAAACGAAAACUACUAGUGGAAGGAGCAGAAGAUCUUAUGUAUUCUAGCAACAUUGCAUUUCAAAUAGCAGCCACUAUAAGGCAGGCACAAUCAAUUGCUAAGGAUGGAAGUCAGAGUGCAGAAGAUAACCCCCUGACUCCAAAAAUUAUUGCAGAAAAACUGGCUGCUUCUUUAGAUCAAUUGGCGAAAACUAAUGGUCUGGCAAUCAGAGCUUGCAAUGGGCACAUUAAUUUUUACACUGCUGCAACUCAAGUUUCUUCUAAAGAAGAUAGCCAUAUUGCUACGGGCUCCCAGGAAUCUGAAAUAGAGAGAAAAGGCUGCUCUUUGAGAAAGAGCUCUGUGCAUCCUCAGGGAAAAAGGCGGAGGCUUGAGAUCCGUUUGAAAAGGUCCAGUUUUGAUCCAGAAGAGUUUGCAUUGUAUAGACGAUAUCAGAUAAAAGUGCAUAAUGAUAGUCCAGCUCAGGUCUCUGAAAGCUCAUACAUAAGGUUUCUGGUUGAUACUCCUUUAGUACCUGUCCAACCAUCAGGUGAUGACAGAGUUCCCCUUUGUGGCUUUGGCUCAUUUCAUCAGCAAUAUGUAAUUGAUGGUCGUCUAGUUGCUGUUGGCGUGAUAGAUAUCCUUCCUAAAUGUUUGUCAAGUAAAUAUUUAUUUUGGGAUCCAGAUUUUGCCUUUCUAUCACUAGGCAAGUAUUCAGCCUUGCAAGAAAUAGAUUGGGUGAAAGAGAAUGAAGUACACUGUCCCAGUCUUAAGUAUUAUUAUCUUGGCUAUUACAUUCAUUCCUGCAGUAAGAUGAGAUAUAAAGCAGCAUAUCGGCCAUCUGAGCUUCUCUGUCCCCUUCGUUACCAGUGGGUUCCAUUUGAUAUAGCACGGCCUUUGCUUGAUAGAAAGCCAUAUGCUGUCCUGUCAGAUUCUGUGCUUUUACAAAAUGGAGAGUCAUCACAACCUCUUGUCUCUGAAAAUGUCAUGGAAGUACAGGGUGAUGAGAACCGCAAUGAGGACUCUAAUGAUGUUCCGAUAGAUGAUGAUGAUGAUGAUGAUGAUGAUGAAGAAAUGACUGAACCUGAAUUUGAAAGCUCUGAUGAUGAUCCAGGUCCAGAAACCUUUGGUCAGACAUCAGUUGAAACAGAAAAUGGUGAUGUCAGUGACAUUUUAAUUGGGUUAAAAGGAUCUCGUUUGAGAUACGAGGAUCUACGACGAGCUUUGGGCCCUGAAGAUAGGAGUUAUUUGGAGUCCCAGUUGCAUAGAUAUAAGAGGGUUGUGGGUGAAAAGCUAUCUGAACGAAUGGUCUAUUCUCUUGGAUGA